AUUUUGUUUUUUUUUUCAGGCCAAAAAGAACUCGCUAUCGAGCUAUACCGAAAAGGCAUCCUAGAAUUAGAACGUGGUAUAGCGGUGGAAUGCUGGGGUGGCCGUGGAGAAGUAUGGGAACGUGCUCAACGGUUACAUGAUAAGAUGCAAACUAAUCUCUCCAUGGCGCGCGAUAGAUUGCAUUUCCUUGAGUGCAUGCUAGAAGCUAAAAAACUUGAAAUUGCCGAAACACAUAAAUUGGAAAGGUCCAACACGUUUACGAUAAGUGUGAACCCUCAUCCUAAAAGUCAUAAUCAUACGGCCAAACCCAUCACCAAUCAAAACCCAGAAACACACCAUAAUCGUGCACAAUUCAAAGUUCCAUCGGCCGUUAGCAGACCACGAGUGCGACUACAAGAAAAUCGUCCAAUGAUGCUAAACAGCGGUGUUGCAUCUACUACAACGAAUCACAAAAACGCGUCGGCUGAUUCAGACGCUUCCGGAAGGAAAUUAACAGUUGGUUACAAACGUCCGGGCAAUCUCGGGGUGAUGAACAAAUCUCAAACUCUACCUCGCAGUAUGGGCGGCACAAGAACCACCCCGACUGGUACUAGCGGAGGCACCGUAAACGGUGGCAUCAUGGGAGGAAACGGCUCUUCCGGUGGAACCACCGCAGGUGGUAUGCCGAAAAUUGUGCCAAAACCAGCAGCAACACCACCCGCUAUUCGACGACAAUUUUCCAUUCCUGGUAAUUCGCCAGUAAGGAAACCUAGUAAUGGCUACGGUCGAAGCGGAGGCAAGGACACGCCACCUCGUUCGAGAACGCCUUCUAAUAAUCCAUCCACCCAACAACAGCAAAUAAAUGUGAAAGGAGUUGAACCCAAACUGGUGCAAAUUAUAAUGGAUGAAAUUGUCGAAGGUGGUGCUAGAGUAGAAUGGCAAGACAUUGCUGGACAAGAAGUCGCUAAACAAGCACUUCAAGAAAUGGUGAUUCUACCAUCUGUACGACCAGAACUUUUUACCGGUUUACGAACACCUGCGAAAGGCUUAUUGCUUUUUGGCCCUCCGGGUAACGGAAAAACAUUGCUUGCAAGAGCUGUGGCCACCGAGUGUUCCGCCACCUUUUUCAGCAUAUCCGCUGCUACGUUGACCAGUAAAUAUGUAGGUGAUGGUGAGAAAUUAGUCCGAGCUUUAUUUGCGGUGGCAAGGGAAAUGCAACCGUCUAUCAUCUUCAUCGAUGAAGUGGAUUCACUGCUUUCCGAACGCAGUAGUGGAGAGCAUGAGGCCACUCGGCGUCUGAAGACCGAAUUUCUAGUCCAAUUUGACGGCCUUCCGGCAAACUCGGAAUCUGACAAAAUAGUUGUAAUGGCAGCAACGAAUCGCCCACAAGAACUAGACGAAGCUGCUCUGCGACGGUUUCCAAAACGAGUGUAUGUUACCCUACCGGAUUUAAGCACGAGAGAGCUGUUACUCAGAAAACUACUGGAAAAGCAAGGAAGUCCAUUGAGCGAUGCCGACAUGAAGCGUUUAGCAAUACUAACGGAAGGGUAUUCCGGGUCAGACUUGACAGCGCUUGCGAAGGACGCUGCAUUGGAACCAAUUCGAGAGCUCAACGUGGAAGAAGUGAAAAACAUGGACCCGACAAAACUGCGCAGCAUUCGCGAAACUGAUUUCCACAACUCCCUGAAACGGAUCCGCCGCUCAGUGGCACCGAACAGCUUGGCAGCGUAUGAAAAGUGGUUGCAGGAUUUCGGGGAUGUUACCUUAUAAGGCUGGCUGGCUCAGCUUUGCACCGCCAUACGUUUACUUCUAGGUUAUUAGUAAUUUGAUAUUUUUGUUAAUACACACAGUACUAUUACCUAUGCUGUGCAUACGCAACUACUUAUCAUUAAUUUGAGUCAUGCCGUUGUGAUUAACCGUAGGUAUUAUAAGCUACUAGAUUAUUCAACUGUCGUUUUCAGCUGUUUACUCAUAUAGCGAUAAAUCGAAUCAAAUAGCUUACUUUUUAUUUAGAAUGUUUACCGCUUUGUUUUUCAUAUAGGUAAAUAAUCAACCAUAACUAAACAUAAACAGAGCUCAGACAUAGUUGAUCCAUACUCGCGAGAUAAUUUUAAUAAAACUACAAAACGCUUUUGCUACAUAAUUUGAUUCAGUUUAUGUACAUAGUCAGACAAAUCGAUCGACGACCCUAAUUUAAGUGUAAAAUGAGCAACUGUAGAACACUAGUGUUACUGCGGAAAGACAUCAAUUUUACUUUGUACUGCUACAAUCCUCUCUAGUUGUUAUCUACUCAUUUACGGUGCUACAUAGUGUUUUUAUGUUAACUUCGAGUCUUGCUGUAAAUAUUGCAGCAUUGAAAGAGACACAACAAUUUUAACCUAGUUUUUUUUUACCGAAGCGAAGCGAAAACAAUAGAUUUGAACCACAAUAUAGCACAAAGAAUGGCUCUUUGUCAAAUGUGAUGAAUGGUGACUUUGAAUAUAUUAUAUGCUCGAUUAUGUUUUCUGUACGUAAUCGCGCAUGAAUAGGAAACCCAGCAAAUAUGGAAUGGACUUGAUGUAUUACGAAGAUCAGGAACCUGAAGGCUUUCAUCUAGUAUAACAUAAUAUUUCAGUACCUACCUAAGAAACACUUCUUAUAGUCCUUGUAACGAUUCUAUAACAUUCCCCAGAAAACCAUUCCCCAGAAUACCAAUCCCCAGAAUUCCAUUCCCCAGAAAACCAUUUCCCAGAAUGUACCAUUCCCCAGAAUGUACCAUUUCCCAGAAAUCCAUUCCCCAGAAUGCACCAUUCCCCAGAAAUCCAUUCCCCAGAAUGUACCAUUCCCCAGAAAAGCUUAAUAUACUCUGCUAAAAAGUUUAAUUCGAUACACAAACAGUAAAAUGUUGAUCAUAAUGAUAUGUCCCGGACAGACAUGUGAUACGACUAUGAUUCCUGUACAACGGUACGCAGUGUCAAGAAAAUUCUAACAAGACUGACUUGAACUGAGAGAAUUUUCAGUAUGACACUCAUUUCAAGCGCAAUUGUACAGUGAUUCUUGUAUCACAUGUGUGUCAUAAGUAUUAUAGGCAAGGAUUUUAACAUUAUAGUGUUAUUACGAGCAAAUAUCUAUUUUUUGUACGGUAUAUGUAACAAAUUAAGGUAAAAAUGUAUACAUACAUACAUAUCUGUGGUACUUAUCCAGUUGACGUCUUGACUAAUAAUAAUAAUUCCAAAAGCUCGGCCUACUUAUUGAUGUGCUAAACUACCACAUCUCCUUUUCUUUAACAACAGCAUUAUAAGUUUGGCGUUAAUUAGAAACGUGAAGCCUCAACCCAAGUAACAACUAAGCCGUAAAAAUUGGCAUCAAGUUGGUUCUAUAUCCACAUGAAGAGCAAUGUUAACAGAGCUCAUUAGAACUACAUCCUAUAAUAGAUCUGCUUAAAAGCCAAUUUUGGCGAAAUAUUCGGCUGAUAUACGGCCAGCUUCAAUCUGCGUACCGAGUCUCUGGUGAAAGAGUUGUCAAAAAUGGGUCAAGAAAAAAGAAAAAAAAAAAGUUAUUUACUUUCUUUUUUUCUCCGGAUGCUUUUCAUCGAAGUCUACUUUUCUUCGAUUUUUACGGCCUGAUCCAGAUUCGAUCUGAUGUCCUCGGGGUUGUUAGUCUUAAGUGGAUAUCGUCACGUUUCUCAUCUGCUCCAUCGAUGCACCAAGAGAUCGGUUUGCUCAGCACCGUAUUUAAGGAAAAGAAGGCAACAAGUUGGGACAGCAUUGAUGUUUCGAUCCGAAUGUUCCGGAUGAUCCGAUGUUCGGAUCUGAAAUCGGGCACAAUGUGGCCGCAUUGGAAAUAUAUAAAAUGGUUUUAUGGAGGGUGGAGAGAUCUGCAGGAGAUGCAGCUAUAGGGAAGUUUGGGAGGUUGACGAGGUUCCGUAACAAGAGGAAUAAAAAUGGGGCCCAUCGAUUAGUUUUGGUGUUCGUCUGUAGGAAAAACUCCACAGGUAAACAUCCGACGAGACAUCCGAUGCAUUUAUAUCAUAAUCGAGGAAGCAGCUAUACAUUUUCUGUUUCCAUUUAAUGCUUGAAGUGUCCGACGACAAGCUUCCACCGCCCUAUCGAUCGUACGAAAUUUCCGAGGAGAUAUUAUUGUUUUGCUUCGGUUCAGUUUUGUUUUGCUUGAAAUCAGCUUUGAUUGAUGUAAACGUCAUGCACGCCAAGCCUUUUAACAGCACUGUCAGGCUUCUUAUUCGGCUGAUAGACACUGGGUUUAUAAGCACUAUAGCAUAGCGUCAUAUACUAAUAUACGGCUCAUUUCAGUGCUUACUAUUUAUAAUGCCUGAGAGCAUUUGAAAAUUUCCUACUGAGCCUAUUGACACGAAAAAGCUGCUGUAUGACCUUUAGACCGCUUACGCUAGUGCUUAGUGGUUACUUGGGAACUUUUGAUGUAUUGCGUUUUAGCAGUUUUUUUUAGAAGUAUCCUUCGAAGACAGCAACGCAGUCACUAAUAGAAUCGCACGGAUAUUCGAUAGUUUGGAGCGUUGAAAACUUCAAACUUACAUGGGUGAGACAUUGAAUUCGAAACCGACUAUCGUCCGUUAGCCGCAAUCUUUAAGCCGAUGUCACUUUUUCUCAGUAGCAUCGAGAGAUGGGUGCGUAGACUACAACGCUACAACCGUUCGAAUUUAGGAAUGAACAUAUGCCCGAAAAGCAAAACUUAGCAGAUCUAUCUCGUCUCGAGAUUCGCCUUACUCAACGGAAAUCUUCGUUCCUGAGGCAGUCUACCUUAGAGGCAAACUUUGUAAUUUUGUCGCCUAACUCAACGGACAGAAGCCGUUCCUGAGGCAGUUCACCUCUAGGGCUGAACUUGGUAAUGAUGUCGCCUAACUCAACGGGUUGAAUCCGUUCCUAAGGCAGUUCACUUUUGAGUUGAACUUCAAUAUUUUUCGCCUGGCUCAACGGAUUGAAUCCGCUCCUGAGGCAGUUUACCUUUAAGGUGAACUUGAAAAUUGUUUCGCCUAACUCAACGGAUGGAAUCCGUUCCUGAGGCAGUUCCUUGCAAAGGAACUUGAACUUGGUAAUGUUGUCGCCUAACUCAAUGGAUUUAAACCAUUCCUGAGGCAGUCCACCUUUGAGGUGAACUUCAUUGUUUUUUUCGCCUAACACAACGGAUUUAAUCCGUUCCUGAGGCAGUCCCUUACAAAGGAACUUGUUAUUUUGUUUUCGAUUCAGAGAACCGAAGUUCGUUGCCUAGGCAACAACUUGUUUGUCUUGAUUUUGACUACGCAGGCCCUCAAAAGAACAUUCCAAAACGCAACCCUUACGUUUGAAGAAUUUGCCACUGCCUUGACCCACGUUGAGGUCAUUUUGAAUUCACGCCCUCUCUUCAGUUUGACUGAUGAUCCAAACGAUCCUAUGCCGAUUACACCAGCACAUCUGCAGAUUGGCAGACCUCUGCAGAGUAUUCCGAAACCGCUUUGCCAAGAUGUACCAGCAAAUCGGCUGUCUCGGUGGAGAUAUUUGGAUAAACUGAAGGAACAUUUCUGGAGCCGAUGGUCGCGGGAGUACUUAACAUCGCUUCAGACUCGUGGUAAAUGGACAUCCAGGGAAGGAUUCCUGUGUGCGAGUUGUAGACGUAAGGACUUCUUCCGGUAUCUUCAAGCGAUCAAUUUCCAAACUGGCUCCGCUACCAAUUGAGGACAACGAGAAUCUUCCAGCUUCACUUGCAGCACUUGCACGUCCUUCAACGGACAACGGAUCUUGAUUGUUUUUCAUUAUCUGGAUCCCCAAAACCGCUGAGAUGUCUUGCCAAUCACUCCGAUAAUCGUUUUUUUUUUGAAGGUUCAAAUAGCAAACGGGGUUCGUUCGUCGCCAAUGUGGUACUUAUCCAGUUGACGUCUUGACUAAUAAUAAUAAUUCCAAAAGCUCGGCCUACUUAUUGAUGUGCUAAACUACCACAAUAUCCAUAAAAAUAUUCUACAAUGGUUCAAACGUUUAAUUACCAUUGUACACAGUUGCAUGUUGAUCUUUAAACCUAUCUUGAAAGUUCACAAACUGUUAGUUGCGUUGCUAUAAAAUGUUUUAUUUUUGACAGAUUUGUGAAAAUUGUGCAGCACUUGUUUUACGAUGAAUAACGUUUUAAAAGUGAUGUGCAAAAUUUACAGAGAAAACGCAUAUUCUUCUGAUGUUGUUCAGUGUACAAGAUACUAAAGACUCAACUGACCACGUUUUUCUUUGCAAACGGUUGGAGGGAUCCAUCCCAAUGGCUGUUCCUAAUUAUUCGCUUCAAAGGCUCUUCAUUCAUGCGGUAUGAGAAGGGCUUUCAUCAUUAUUCCAAUACUAUGGAAUGGAAUAGAAAAAGUGAACAUUUAAGCAGUUUUAAUGCCAACAAUUCUAAAUAUUUUUAAUGAAGAAGGGAAAAAGUAUCAUUGUUUUCCUUUUGGCAUUCAAAAACCCAACAAUGUUCCUUCUUUUUAAACAAUAUUCUUCUUAAAAUUAAGGCAAUUAGUAAAAAAUUUUAAAUUAUAACUGCUUACAUUUUCAACAUAGAUUCUCCCUUCUUUUCUACAUAGGCUGUUCUUUCGAAUUGCACUUUUCAGGAAAUUAUGGGCAUUAUUACAACCACCGGUGUUAAAUUGCUGUUAUAUUUAUUAUAUAUUUUUUUUCAAAUUUCUUAACAUCUGUGCUUGUGGUGCCGAUUGUAACUAGCCUAAACAUUGUAACUCGAAAGAACAGCCUAUGUAGAAAAGAAAGGAAAAUCUAUGUUGAAAAAGUAAGCAGUUGUGAUGCCGAUAAUUUCCUGAAAAGUGCAAUUCGAAAGAACAGCCUAUGCAGCAAAGAAGGAAAAGUCUAUGUUGAAAAUGAAAGCAGUUAUAAUUCCAAUAAUUGUACCAAUUGCCUAAAUUCUAAAAAAAAAGCUUGUUUAAAAAAGGAACAGUGUUGGGCUUUUGAAUGCCGCAAGGAAAACAAUGUCACCACAGACAAACAGACGUAACACUUCGAACAUUUUUCGAUUUAAAUUUUAGUCUCGGAAAUAGGUUCGCUUAAUUCUAAAAGGAAUAAAUUUGGCCAAUCAUCAACUAGGUGGCAGUAGUGAGCAAACGUCAAACUCAAACAAAAACUAUGCGAGCGCCGCGAAUUGGCAGUUGGUCAACUCUCAAAUUUUCAAAUAAACCGUUAAAUCGAUGUACGAUGGCAAUUAUCAGAGUGUUACGUUUCCUUCUUCGUUAAAAAAAAAUGUUUGAGUCGUUAUAAGAAUUGUUGGCAUUACAACUGCUUAUAUGUUUAUCAAAAAUUUUCCCUUCUUUUGCAUAGGCUGUUCUUUCCAGUUGCACUUUUCAAGAAAUUAUCGGCAUUGCAACUGCUUACUUUUUUAACAUAGAUUCUCCCUUCUUUUUGCAUAGGCUGUUCUUUCGAAUUGCACUUUUCGGGAAAUUAUGGGCAUUAUUGCCUCCACCGGUGUUAAAAUUGCUGUUAUAUUUAUUUCAUAUUUUUUUCUAAAUUUCUAAACACCUGUGCUUGUGGUGCCGAUAAUUACCUGAAUAGUGUAACUUGAAACAAUAGCCUAUGCAGAAAAGAAGGAAAAACCUACGUAGAAAAUGUAAGAAGUUUUGAUGCCGAUAAUUUACUGAAAAGUUCGAAAGAACAGCCUAUGCAGAAAAGAAGGAAAAAUGUAUGUUGAAAAAGUAAGCAGUUGCGAUGCCAAUAAUUAUACCAAUAGCCUAAAUUGUAAAGGCAAAUCAUGCUUAUUUCCGAAAUUUUUCUUGUCAAAUAAGAAUUUUUGGCAGGAUGUUUCUUCCGGUGAUUUUUUACGAACAAAUAUUUGAUUUUUAGCUAUUAAUAUAAACCAUUCAGAAUUAAAGCAAUAGUUUUAUUUUUUUCUGGGGAAUGGUACAUUCUGGGGAAUGGAUUUCUGGGGAAUGGUACAUUCUGGGGAAUGGGUUUCUGGGAAAUGGUUUUCUGGGGAAUGGUACAUUCUGGGGAAUGGAAUUCUGGGGAUUGGUUUUCUGGGGAAUGGUUUUCUGGGGAAUGUUAUAGAAUCCUUGUAACAAGUAUCGGUUUGGUAACGGCCAAGAAUCGAGAAAAUUGUAUGUACGGUGACUUUGGGUAUUGUGAACCUGCCCAUGGGGGUUCUUCGUCAUGGGGAUUUUUGUAAGCCAAAUUGCCUGAAACUUGGUCGUAUUAUUCAGUAUCGGGUUAAGUACGGUUCCUUUGACCCGAUUUUCUUUUAUUUACAGAUAUUCCCCUAACAAGCCCAGGUUAAUCAUCAUCGUAUUAUUCAGUUUGACUGGGAAAAAUAUGAUGCCAAUUUUUAAUUCAAAAGGCUUAAAAAAAACCAUGACGAAGAGAAUAAUACUACCAAAAAUACAUAGGUUCCCCUAUUAUAUCAUUCAUAAAAUACGCAGCGUUUUAGGGGGAGAUUGAGUUAACAAGGCGAUAAUUGUAGUGUAUUGCACUUAUGCACGAUCGAUGAGCACCGUUGUUCGUACAUCUGCAUUUGGUUGCUUCACAUACGCACCCGACUAUGCAUACCUCUUAUGGUAUAUACUUUGGUUGCGCGCGACAAACUGUCAGGGAGGAUCAAAACAACAACAAGCAGUGAGAGGCUAGCAUCGGAUACGGACGGACAGAAUCCUACAACCUGGCGACGAGGAUAGAAAAAAAAAAAAUAGGAAAUGGGAGGUAAAUAUUCGAAAUACCACUGGCAGAAACGAAUGUUGGCGAUCGGAUUGGCACAGAGGUAAAGGAUUUGGGGCAAACCAAAGGAUAAGAUGCGAGAAUUUGGAAGGAUUCUCCAUGGAAAUAUAGUCACAGAAGGAAAUUCUUAAGACGCGAGAAAUGUGAAGAUUUCUCCGUGGGGUGGAACUUUGCGGGAAUUGGAGUGAUUCCCAUGGCGUUGGCGGAAAUCUGCAGGAUUUCCCCUGGUAAAAAAAAGCGAGAGUUGGCAGAAUUCUCCGGGGGCAAAGUUCGAGAGAAUCAGAGUGGUUCUCGUGGCGUUGGCGGAAAUCGACAGGAUUUCCCCUGAGUAAAAAAAAGUGAGAAUUGAUUGAGUUUCGCAUAUGAAAUCUGAGAAAAUCGGAGUGAUUUUAUCAGCGUGUGUGAACUAUGGAGAAACAGCAGGAUUUUCCAAAGGGAUGUUGCGAGAAUGAAAAAGCAUGGGCUUAAUCUGGGCGCUUCCAUGAUGAAAACGGAGGAGUUUCGGGCUCCCAUGACACGGGAUAGCUCUUUCAUGUGGUUGCGCAAGAUGCUGAAGAUGGAAAAGAGAGAAAACAUGAGUUUUGGAAAGAAUCGAAGUGGUCGCAAAGGGCCAGUGCAAUGGUCAGCUUAUUUAAAAAUACAACACGGCUGUCAACAACACAGCAGGAUCACGCUGCCCAGGUGCUGGAGUGGAAAUGAAUGGAGGUUUGCUUGUUCACAUGAGUUUGUCCAAUAAUAUAAUAGAACGAAGGGUUGAUAUCGUAGACGUCGAUACAUAUUGGAGAGAGGAUUGUUUUCCCUGGAAUUGAGCGGUACGGCCAUUUCCUCUCCAAGUGAUUGGUACACGAGUUAGUCGUAUUUGCAAACAGGCGGAAAAAAAAGAAUAGGGAGAGCUGUGACGAUUUACGCGGCAUCAAAUAGUAACGGAGCGUUACCGAGAGCAUCUAGCCGUAAAUACUAGCCGACAAUUUGAGAAUUUGAAAUUUUAUCCGUUGGACAUUGAGCUUUUUGGCUGUGUUAUAUUUUGGUAAAGAAAUUGUCUCAGGGGAUGUAAAAUGUAUGAAACGGUGUCUUCACUUGUAUAAAGUCGUGGAACCUCGAUAAUGACGUGAUUUCCGAGACUGUACAGAUAAGCAUGACUAUUUUGCCCAGGUGUGUUUGUGUCAUAGAUGUUUAUGGUCGGCUUAACGAGGUGCGACUGGGAUAGACAACUAUGAGAAGAGGAAUUGGAAAAGCUCUGCAGCUUUUGAUUUCAAGCAUGGCUUCACAAAGUAUUUGUGAAAAGUCCGAUGGCACUAUUGCAGCGAGGAAAAUAUGUCUAAUGUCUUGUGCGUAAAUGGUCAAGAGAGUGCAGGGCUAGAGGCGAGAGGCCUCCAGUUGAUACGUGUGGCCACGAGAUGGAGCAGUGCCUCUCAACUGCGGGUGAUUUGUUACAGAGCAUUCUCCAGUUUUGUUUGAAGAGUUGGACAAUGAAGUUGGUGUUGACCUAUGAUUGAGUCAGGAAUGGAGCUAAAUGAUCACAAACACAUUCAUCUGUGAUUGAUAUUAGAUUGUAAUCCAUCAGCAAUGAAUAUAAAGGCAAAACGAUUAACAUAUUCUUUAACACUGCACUCGACAAAGCGAAAAAGAUGUACGAGUAUCAGCGAUGUACAUAUAUGUAGUAUAGUGAGGUCAGAGACACGUGUUUUUGACAUAUCUCCAUUGCUUUCAGUGGCGCUUUUGUUUUGAUGGGAUAAGUUUACUUUGAUGGUUCAUUGAUACGACAUUCAAUGGUAAAUACCUACAAGAUUGUUGAUUGAAGGUCGGAGUGCUAAUGAUUGCUAGUGAUUCGUGUGUUUUGUUUCUAGCCUGCACACUAACUUAACAAGAUGUAUUCUUUACAUAUUGUUAUUGGUAAUUAUCGUCAAUACAUCAGUGAAAAGGAAAAUAAUGGUUCUUAUAAAAGGAAGUAUCCAGUUGAGAUGGGUAUAACAGCAGUGAUGGAGAAACUGAUGACCAUCACGAGAUUUACAUUUGAUUCAAUUUGUUUUACCACCUGUUCAAAAUGAUAAGAAACAAUAGGCAUCACACGAUCCAAGUUGCACCAAGUUUCAAUCAGGGGUUUCGCAAGCGGUAAGGUAGGCCUACUGUUUGCGAGCGUGUUAGUGUCGACUGGCAACGCGACCUGGGGCCUGGUCGAAUUCUGCUUGGAAAUCGGUUUGUGUUGCUGAUGGGGAUGGCCCGCAAAGUCGCAUUGUGUUUGGGAAGGCCCGCUCGAUGCAUGUUAGGUAGGCGUAGUUUGUUCGAGUUUGACGUGCCUAUACCCUCCCUGGUUUUAAUACCAAAAUUGCUACAAAUCAAAAGGGUAUACCCACAUAUGGGGUAUAGGUACCCACAUAUAUAUUGUUUUUUUUUCGAGUGGAAAAUAUUUCGUUUUAUCAUUCCGCAGGUAAGCGUGAUACGGUGAGUGGUGAUUGAUAGAAAACCGAGAGAGUAUUUUAUCGACAUUGAUGUGCGAAGUCAGAGUAAGAGGGACAUGCUUGCGAAAGCAGGGCAGGCUAAAUCAAGCAAUUCAUGGAUCCAUGUGUUAUACAAAGCGAAUAGAAUGUGGGACGUUGCAUUACGCUUGCACUUAUUCCCCACAAGUAUUGUUUCUGUACAAAAGAUGAAUUAACCUAUUUUGAGCUGGAUUUAGAAAAUUUUAGCUAAAUUAGCUGAUGUUCAGCUAGCAUUGUUAGUUUCGACAUUGACAAUAUCUUUCGUCUUGAUAGCUCAAUACGCAAAAAAAAAGGGGAGAGAAUUAAGACAAUGAUAUCCCAAGUAACCACUAAGCACUAGCGUAAGCGGUCUAAAGGUCAUACAGCAGCUUUUUCGUGUCAAUAGGCUCAGUAGGAAAUUUUCAAAUGCUCUCAGGCAUUAUAAAUAGUAAGCACUGAAAUGAGCCGUAUAUUAGUAUAUGACGCUAUGCUAUAGUGCUUAUAAACCCAGUGUCUAUCAGCCGAAUAAGAAGCCUGACAGUGCUGUUAAAAGGCUUGGCGUGCAUGACGUUUACAUCAAUCAAAGCUGAUUUCAAGCAAAACAAAACUGAACCGAAGCAAAACAAUAAUAUCUCCUCGGAAAUUUCGUACGAUCGAUAGGGCGGUGGAAGCUUGUCGUCGGACACUUCAAGCAUUAAAUGGAAACAGAAAAUGUAUAGCUGCUUCCUCGAUUAUGAUAUAAAUGCAUCGGAUGUCUCGUCGGAUGUUUACCUGUGGAGUUUUUCCUACAGACGAACACCAAAACUAAUCGAUGGGCCCCAUUUUUAUUCCUCUUGUUACGGAACCUCGUCAACCUCCCAAACUUCCCUAUAGCUGCAUCUCCUGCAGAUCUCUCCACCCUCCAUAAAACCAUUUUAUAUAUUUCCAAUGCGGCCACAUUGUGCCCGAUUUCAGAUCCGAACAUCGGAUCAUCCGGAACAUUCGGAUCGAAACAUCAAUGCUGUCCCAACUUGUUGCCUUCUUUUCCUUAAAUACGGUGCUGAGCAAACCGAUCUCUUGGUGCAUCGAUGGAGCAGAUGAGAAACGUGACGAUAUCCACUUAAGACUAACAACCCCGAGGACAUCAGAUCGAAUCUGGAUCAGGCCGUAAAAAUCGAAGAAAAGUAGACUUCGAUGAAAAGCAUCCGGAGAAAAAAAGAAAGUAAAUAACUUUUUUUUUUCUUUUUUCUUGACCCAUUUUUGACAACUCUUUCACCAGAGACUCGGUACGCAGAUUGAAGCUGGCCGUAUAUCAGCCGAAUAUUUCGCCAAAAUUGGCUUUUAAGCAGAUCUAUUAUAGGAUGUAGUUCUAAUGAGCUCUGUUAACAUUGCUCUUCAUGUGGAUAUAGAACCAACUUGAUGCCAAUUUUUACGGCUUAGUUGUUACUUGGGAUCUGUCUUACUAUAGUCACCGAACGCAAACGAUUGGUGAUGCGUGGCGCAUUCCUUUAUCUCUGGCGAAAACCACGUCAAUUGCUAUCGACUUAUAAAACGCAAAAAUGGCUUGAUAUAGAUUUGAGGUUUCUACAUAUCUAUGGAACAAGAACAUGGGCCAAUCUAUAUAUAUAAAAAUGAGUUUGAUGUACCUUUGAGGCAACAAAACUCACGAACGGGUGAACCGUUCAGCAUGACUCUUGCACGGUUCGAUUCGUAUUCAUGGUGGCUGUGUUUAUAUGCAGAAAAAGUUACGUAAAUCAUUUUAAAAAAGUAUGAAAAUUGUGAAAAUACUGAUUUUUGACGAGCCGGGAACAAGUUCAGCGUGAUCAAAAUUAAAUAAAUCUAGAGUGCGUUGCUGCGAUGACCUUACCAGUUGUCAAACCACCGCAGCUUGGCAAGACAAAGUUUGCCGGGACAGCUAGUACUUGAUAAAAAUGAUGUCAUCCUACGUUAACGUUACGCCAAUAAGAGGAAGAAAGUGACAUUCUUAUAAUCGCAUGCAGACUUGUUGCGCAGGGUGUUUCUAAGGGAUCUAUAUAUCCGAAUUGCUCAUUACUUGUCACAUUUUCAUAUUAUACUUAUGACACACAUGUGAUACAAGAAUCACUGUACAAUUGAGCUUGAAAUGAGUGCCAUACUGAAAAUUCUCUCAGUUCAAGUCAGUCUUGUUAGAAUUUUCUUGACACUGCGUACCGUUGUACAUGAAUCACACUCGUAUCACAUGUCUGUCUGGGGUAUUACUAAUCAUAGUGUGACUAUAGACCGUGAGAUGCUUAUGAGAGGCACGCUGUGAGGUCGGGUUUGAUUUGGAAUAAUCUACAGGGGUCAUUAAGUUUUUGUUGCUGAGUGAGUUUUGUAAGAUACACAUAUAUAUUAUUUAAUUGUUUAUGUAUUCAAGUAGGUCUCUAUGUUGCACUGACUCUGAACAAGAUUGCACUGAUGAUGGAUUUGUUGACUAGUGAUUCGUUUAAAUGAGCGAUUCAGUUCAAUUCACUGUUUGUACAUCUUCAUGUGAAUGAAAGGGUCUGAUAACAGUAGGUGAAGACCUGAUGGCUCGGUUAAAGGGACCAUUCCAAGUCAAAGAUCAACCUGUCUGAAAUAUAUCGUGUAGCAGUAUGUUUAAUCUUGUACCGUGGUGGGUGCAUAAUUGACCUUAUUGUACAUUGCAAACAGUACGUGUGAUUAAUGGAGGUGAUACAUAGUACUCGGCAACUGCUAAAAAAAUAAAAAAAGAAGGAAAAAGAGAGCAGUAGCUCUAGACUAAAAUGAACAUUGCAAAAUAAGACUGGGAGGUGUUUUAAUGAGAAACAGCUCGAACAAAGUUUGCAGCUAAUCACGGAUCUUACUAAAUAUGAAUUACCUCUCCUAAGAUGUUACGCAGAGUGCACCACGCUGGCGUAGUGGAUGUUCAGCGAGCCAUAUUGACCCCAACGUCCUACUUGGGUUAAUACAUUUAUCUUGAACGUGAGAUUAAUUCAAACCAUGAUUCAAUGUAAACAUGUUGCAACGAGCGAACGGCCGCUGUACAAGAAGAAAGUCUUUGUAAAAAAAAAUGAAGAAUAGGUAGACGAUAUUUUGAGUUAUGAUCAAACAUUCAGUUUGGGACUCGUUGUGUUGGCUAAGUUGCAGUUUUGGAGAAGACCAAGAGGUACAUCACGAGAAGUUUACCAUAAACACAAUAAUCAAGAAUGUACGGACAAAGAAAUGCGUCAAAUGCUUUGGCAAUAAACUUAUUCGCAUUUUUAUUGAAAAGGGGAGAUUGUAGUGUAUUGCACUUAUGCACGAUCGAUGAGCACCGUUGUUCGUACAUCUGCAUUUGGUUGCUUCACAUACGCACCCGACUAUGCAUACCUCUUAUGGUAUAUACUUUGGUUGCGCGCGACAAACUGUCAGGGAGGAUCAAAACAACAACAAGCAGUGAGAGGCUAGCAUCGGAUACGGACGGACAGAAUCCUACAAUAAUCAUUGAUCAUUAGUUGGGACACCGGAAUUUCGCGCUGCGAAAUUGAGUUACAGCCACGAAACUUAAUAAAUUCCGCGAAGUAUUUACCGCCAAAUACCCUACAAGUUCCCAUAAAUUUUAAUUUUCAAGCAUAAAUUGGCUAGACAAUUUCGAAAGUUAAAUUCCGUAAAAAAAGAAAUACGAAAAGUGGAGGUAAAGGUAGGUCGAAAGUAAAAAAAAAUGCUGCGUUGUUUGCGGAUGCUCCAUGGAGGCCUCAUAUAGCCGAAUCGGUAAACACGCAGAUAUUCAGCAAGACCACGCUGAAUGUGAUGGUUUCGAUUCUCGGUUGGUCCAGGAAUUUUUCGUCCUUGACUUCGAUGGCCGGUAUCUUUGUGAAUGUGACACGAUAGGGUAUCGCACCACUUGGGCGGUGGCUUCUAUAUUCGUCUGUUUUCCACUAUAACUCAGUCAAUUUUGAACCAAUUGACUUGAAAUGUUGUACACGGAUAGAUACUAUACCUAUUUCACUGCAUUCCAAAAAUUGUGUCAAUAGGUUCAAAUUUGACUGAGUUAUAGCGGAAAACAGACGAAAAUAGAAGCCACCGCCCAAGUGGCGUGAUUCCCUAUAUAAAGGCAAAAUUAUCAUUGGUAUACUAAAGAGAAAUCUCUUAGUUAAUAACAGUGGAAUUGCUUAUAAAACACUAAACAGAGUAGCAAACUCUGUCCGAAAUGGCAAGCCUACAUAAUCUUCUUCGGAAGUUUUCAAGUUCAAGAACGAUAGGAUUCAACCAAAGCGAGGACACGGAUUUCUGUGGUUUAGAGCUUUUAUACCCACGGUUCAAAUAGGAGCAUAAAAUUGAUUUUGACUAAAUAAUUACGAUAAUAAUCGUGUUUUAAUGUGGAUAAAUGUGAAAUGUGUAUUAUAUGAAUGAAAAUAUGAAUAUAAUGCACGUAUAGCAAAGCAUGCCAGAUAUACUGAUUAAUCGGUGUCACAAAUCAUAUUUAUUCUACGAGUCGAGUGAGGGUAAACGAAUCGACAAACCGACACGCAUAAUCGCAAUUUUAAUCUAAUGUCACUAGUCACGUGUCACAUUUUCAAAAUGACUUAGAUAGAGCAAAUACGCAGUGAUGUGUAUUAACUACACAGCGCAACAUUUUUUUGUCUCAAGAGCAAACUUAUGUGUCUCCGAAGGAUUUUGGGCCGCUGAAUUCGAAUCCGGGCUCAGAUUUGCUCUAACACGUCACAAUUUUGAGCUAUACCUAAAUUUAUAGGGCAAAAUAUGCGAUUUUGGGCUUUUUUGACUGCAAGCCAUUAAGCAAGGAAAUAUUUUUUUUAAGCAAUCAAAAGGUUAAUUGGUCAAUUAACAUCUAAAUUAACGACUCAUGCAAAAUAUUUCGUUUUACCUAAUCAAAUUUGAUAGAUUUAAGCAUUUUAUGUUAGUAUGAAAACUUGCAUGCAACUUUUGGAGGGUGACUUGUAUGGGAAAUAUCGUACCUAAUAUAAAUCGCUUAAAUCUAUCAAAUUCGAUUUGGUAAAACGAAAUAUUUUGCAUAAGUCGGUAAUUUAGAUGUUAAUUGACCAAUUAACCUUUUGACUGCUUAAAAAAAACAUUUCCUUGCUUAAUGGCUUGCAGUCAAAAAAGCCCAAAAUCGCAUAUUUCGCCCUAUAAAUUAAGGUAUAGCUCAAAAUUGUGACGUGUUAGAGCAAAUCUGAGCCCGGAUUCGGAUUCAGCGGCCCAAAAUCCUUCGGAGACACAUAAGUUUGCUCUUGAGACAGACAAAAACUUAAUUUUUGUUACGCUGUGCUAUGCAUAUCCUUCUAGUGAAUACUAUUUUGACAUCAGAAAUAUACUACCUGUGAUCGCAUGUGAGUCCCAUAUUUGCUGGGUUUUCUAUUCAUAUGAGACAGUUAAGCGGCAGUAUAGCUUAAUAAAAAUAUUUUUUUCAUUUUACGUAAACUACUUACAGUAAAAAAUAUACUUCAAUAAAUGACCCCAUUGAUAAAAACGAAAAAAAGUGUUACUUCUUCUUAAGUGGCAUAUUGUAUGGACGUAUCCCUAUUGUUUUCUAAAGCUUAAAUAAAAGACAGUCUAGCUGCAACAUGCAUGAAUUGCUAAUUGCGUAUUAUUUCUUAAACAGCAUAUUCGAAUUAUUAUCGUUUUGUAGUGAAGCUAAUAAGUCUAAGCCAUGGAUAAGGUUUUAAAGAAAUAUGACUACAAAUGAGAAAUAAUGAGCGUGAGCAAAGCGAUAACUUUGUACUGAGAAUAAAAGCUAAUGAUAAAAACCAA